AUGGCAGCUCCAAUUUUCCAUUCGUAUUUUUUCCCGGACGAUCUGUCUAGCCUUCAGCCUGUUUCAGGCAACCUCACUCUCUUACAGAAGCCUUUCUGUUUUACAGGAUAUCUAGCGAUUGGGCCUCAACCAGUCCUCUAUGCACUCUAUUGUUCAGCUACGCGCCUCGAGGCUCUCAAGUCGCAUGUCAAAGUCAUAGCUUAUGUGUUGCCGAUCAAUUCUCACAAUUCACUAUGGGAACCGUGCAUGGAGGUACCUAUAUUCAUCAAGAAUCUUUAUUCGCCCGACGACCCGCCCAUGAACUUGGACUUGAACGCCCUCUGGUCAAGGCUGAGCGACGAUGGUACCCUUCUACAUGUGUAUACAUGGCCUUUGUUGGGCAAUGGGCAUAACACUGUUAUCGUUGAAGCUCUAUUUCCGUUUGGACACCAACCCCACUCUGAAGCUUAUCCCGAGUUUGAUAGUGAUGCUCUCGCAGAAAUGUCGAACCUGCUGGAGUCGUAUCACGCAGGUUCAGUUGUCCCUGAUUCUUCUGGGGCCUCAUCAAUUGUUCCAGACUCUUCCGUGGCCUCAUCGGUUGUGCCAGAGUCUUCCAGGCUCUCACUUAUCACAUGCAGUCGCGAUGAUACCCAACCAGAGGACACACAAACCCAUCCUGACACGAACAGCUUGCAGGAUAUCCAGCUCAGGUAUCCACAAUGGAAAACUGUUCUGGUUCGUGUGCAGAUUCUCAUCAGAGUUGCUAUAUCGUGCGGGGAGUACAGGAACCCGUUCUUACUCACUCAAACAGCUAGUGAGAAAGUUAUUUUCAUCGCCGACCUUUUCAAUCAAAGUCUGGCUGAAGUCGGAGAAACUCGCACAACCCUGUGCACUGUGAGGUCGGCUGAUGAUGAGUUCGAAGUGACAGAAGAAGCUAUAUUGGCGAUGGCCGGUAAAUGGGUGUCGAUGUUGAUUUCUGAGAUCAAACGAUUAGCGAAAAUUGCAAUCUCAGAUCCUCGACCAUUCCUGGGCUUUGCCCUCGCAGAACUGUGCCCCCAGGCACUACUCAUUGAGAGAUGCGUGGCCCUGCUGCAACACUUCCUGCUUCCAGAUUCGGCUCGUUUGCCAAUUGCGGACAAUGGCUUUGCGUGGUUUAUCAGAAAGGAGAUCUCGAAAUCCCUCGUUUUUCAUCUUGUAUUCCGGCGUAGCGUAUCAGCCCAUACACCAAUAAUAAUGGCUGACUUUGCGCCGGAUAUCUUCAGGAACGUUCCACACCCACCCGCAGAGAUGUUAGCAUUUGUGGGGGCCUCCUGUUAUAGCGCCAUCAUCCAAUGGUUGACGGAUAUUUUGAAGAAGAUGUCAAAAGAGGUGGAGUCCUCAACUAUCAACCUAUCACUAUAUCCGCCGGAAGACGACCCAGAACACCUGGCAUUCACCGCUACAAUUGCACAGCCACCACUGAGCAAAGCUGUUGAUCGGCUUGCAGACCGCUAUCCCAUAGCCGCUGCCAAACCUUCUUGUAUCAUGUUAAAUAGUAGUUCAUCGUGUCUUCCUACCCUCAUCACUCCUUUGACAAAGCACAUUCUUGAGAUCAAACAGACCAAGAAUGCCCUCAAGUCUUGGCUCCAGAAACAGGGAUGUGAAAUUGUCAGUGGGUUUCCAUAUUUCCGUGAUGGUAUCCUACGACAUCAACUUCAGCUUCCAGAUUCCCUCUUCAUCACGGUUUCCGUGCUAUUUGCAUGGGUCGACCCCCUUGACCUCAUAGCUGUCCUACAAGUGAGCCUCAGAGUGGUUGCAAUGGAAGAGCUCUUCCAGCAAGAAGAGCUCACUUGUGUUUCAUUCCUUCUGCAAGGAGGGCGAUGCUACAUGGAGGAGAGGAUGUAUUGUGCUCAGAUGGAAGUCACUUUAUUCAAUAAAGCCAUUGCGAACUUGUGCGAAGAGUUUAAUGUGAAAUGUCGCCCAUCUCCAGCACCCCUGCCAAAGUACACUGGCACCAUAAGUGCAUGCCAAACACCCCGCUCGGACGAAUUUGAAGGCUUUCGGCUUCCAACUGCUGUGCAUCUCAAAUGCCAGCAAUGGCUUUCCUCGUCAUCGGAAUUCCUAGUAGAUUUCCCGCAAAUUCAAGAAAUUCCUCAGCUUUACGAAAGCCUCUUAAGGCCCAAUGAUCGGCUUCUUUCGCUUCCUUUCUUGAUGAAGUCUUGGGUUGAUAGCGUCACAUAUCGCGCCUACAUCAGCACAUCAUCUGCCAACUGUGCAGACACCAAGCUCCUAGGUAUUGGCAUUGGCGAUAGCUUUAAAGCAAAACAUGAGAAAACCCCAGACGUUCUGAAAUCUGAUUUCCACAUUUUAGAGUUGAAGAAACAUUGCGCACAAGCCGAAGUGGAGAUGUUUUCUGAAGUGAUAUCACGCACUAUGGGGUUCCGGUUGACUGAGGAUGGCACGUGCUCAUCUCAUGGCUCUGAUGGGACAUAUAAAUCAUGUCUACCUGACAACUCUUUUGAGGAUUGA